ACUUAUAGUUGCUAUAUAAUUAUCUAUUGUAUUCAUUCCUUGGCGCAAACUGCAUUUCCAUUACCAUGAUUAUAUUCGACCUUCUUUAGACAACUUAUGGCAUUAUACCAACGGGCUUCUGAUAGCAACGCAUCACGUCACUACGGCGAACCCGAUGGGCUGUAAGCUGGCCAACAUCACUGGGAUAUCGUGCCAAUUAUUUCUACUCCCGCAUAAUGUGCGUCCUUAUAACACAAAUCAUUGUAGCGUCACUCAUCACUUUUAUUAGUUCUCUCGGAUGAUAAAGGAGUGAGAUUUUCAUUUUAAACACAACAUAGUUACAUCAGUACCGCUCUGUGUAAACUUCCAUCACGCUAAAAGGUGUGCAAAUAGUGAUUUUGUUGCGAGUGCUAAAGGUGCAUCUGACUAUUGUCAAAUGCGGAUUUUUAGACGUCUAAAACUGCAGUGAAAGCUUUGGUUUUAAAAUCAGAAUUGGAGAGCAACAUUAGUAGUCAUUUAUGCAGUUGAUUGUCGGGCUAUCAUGCUCAUAAAAAGGUGAUACUAACGAUUUCCACCAUGCUACCCAUGUGAUUCUUAUAAAGCAUAAAACAGCCGCCUAAUAUAUAAUGGGAGGAAAUCUUCUGCCUGUCCAGAUGAUGUUAUCUUCAGCCUCUAUACACAUGCACGUCAUUGCUGGAUGUUGAUGGAAUAAUUGAAGACAGUGUGCAGAAAGUAUUGUGACAUUAAAAAUUGUCUUUUACGUCCGCCAACUUCUUGAACCGUCCGCCUUCUGGAAAACUGAUCUUAGAUCCUGGCGAUGGUGGUAUGUCACAAAGAGUUUCCAUGGAAAUUAUUGAAGAGUUAACUCCUGAGCCUCGAGAAGGGAGCCUCUUAAUCGUUCCAGAUGUCCUCUACUAUGUUUCUAUCGCUUUCCCAUAUUAAUAGACAAAAUAUGGUUAAUAGCAUAAUGUAAUGAGUUGGAUAUGGGAAUCUAAUUGACUUGAGCAUCAAUUACGGAACUAAUUUCGCAGACAUCGGUUCUUGAGGAAUCGUCAUGUUCUCUUUGAAUUCAUGACAAACGGAGUCUACUAACUGCUUCGAAGCUGAAGUUCGUCAUCAUACACCACAUCGUCGAUAUUCUCUUGUGGCAUAGUCAUUCAAUCACGAUGGGUUUGCUAAAGAAACGAUCGAGCAGCGGCUCGACACAGCCGAUGGUUAGGAGUGUAUCACCAGACAUCGAACUCAGCACCGUGAUGGACACGGAGUUGGUCGCUAAGGCUUACGGGAAGCGAGACUUAGAGGGCAAGAAACACCGACCUCGUCGGUACAAUCCCUUCCAUCGAGCCUUUGACUCAAGUGACAUGGAAACAUCGUAUCAGAAAUUCUUUGUUCGACGUCGUCUUGAGACACUGCCUGUUAUGAUAGCCUUCUCAUUCUUCUUUGACGUGGUGGUCUUAAUAAUUUAUUAUCUUGAUAAAAAAAAUCCUAAGCGUGUUGUAGCCAUUUCAAUAAUGGCUAUAUGUGCCGUCACUAAUUUGAUACUCUUCUCCUUAUCGCGCUAUCGCCUUAUCUCGGAUUGGUCGCUUACGCGCAUCAUGCCAUACCUUAUAUGGAGCCUGGUAUGCGCACAGUCAUUCUUGGACCUAGGGCUAUAUUAUCAACCGUUGAUGCCAAGUGAUGGGGCUGGCUGGCAAGUGUUUUUCAUAUUUGCCUCUUUCACCAUGUUACCCGUGCCUUUGGGAGCCAUGAUACUCCUUAGUACUAUCGCUAUCACCAUACAUUGCCUCAUGGUUGGAGUACUCUCCUUGGCUAACACUGAUUAUAUGGCUGAACAGAUCGGAGCAAACAUCCUAUUAUAUUUGUGUGCCAUCAUCUUGGGGUGUGUGUGUUACCUUGUAUCAGAUAAACAACACCGUAUGGCGUUUCUUGAGACCAAUGAAUCCCUCAAGACAAAACUUACCAUUCAAGAACAGGCGGCACAGCAGGAAGGACUAUUACUAUCAGUACUACCCAAGCAUGUAGCUGAUGCUAUGGUGAUGGAUAUCGGGAAGAAGAAUACUGGUCAGUUUAAUCGCAUCUACAUAAGACGUCAUGAAAAUGUUAGUAUUCUAUUUGCUGAUAUUGUUGGUUUCACUGCUAUGUCGUCCAAGAUGACUGCUCAAGAGUUAGUCAAGACGCUUAAUGCUCUUUUUGCCAACUUUGAUAAACUUGCCGAGAAGAACAACCAGCUGCGUAUCAAAAUUCUUGGUGAUUGCUACUAUUGUAUCUGUGGAGUACCUGAACAGAGAGUAGAUCAUGCUGUAUGCAGUGUUCAGAUGGGUCUAGACAUGGUGGUUGCUAUCGCGGCUGUUCGAAAGAGUACCCAAUCAGGGGUUGAUAUGCGAGUAGGUAUCCACACUGGAGCUGUGCUAGCUGGGGUGAUGGGACAGAAACGAUGGCAGUUUGAUGUGUGGAGUACAGAUGUUGUUUUAGCUAAUAACAUGGAAUCUGGUGGAGUACCAGGUCGUGUUCACAUAUCACAAAGCACAUAUGAUUGUCUGAAUGGAGAAUUUGAUGUAGAACCUGGUGAAGGAGAUACAAGGAGUGAUAGCAUCAAACAAGCAGGAAUCAAAACAUAUUUGAUCAAAAUCAAUAAGAACCAAAAUAAGCCUAUGAGUAUGGCAGGCUUGGAACUGAAUGGCCACAUGGAAGAUGACAUGGAUGCACCUGCCUUAGAAAGUGUUCCUGAAAACUACGAUAAAAUCAAGAAAGACGAGAUGGAAAAGGAACAUCAGUUCAAAGAAAAAGGUAAAACAGUUUCCUUUGAACCAGAAGUAGAAGAGCGAGAGGAACAAAAGGAUGAAAAUCAAAAAUUAGAUGAAGCCAUUGCAGAGAGAGAAACUAACACGAAACUUGGUGAGAAAACAUACUUCCUGCUCCUGAGGUUCAAGGAUAAAGCAAUGGAAUCCCGUUUUCAACAAGGAAAAGAUCGGAUGAGUGCUGCUGGUAUAUCUAGCGCCCUCAUUGUCACAUUAUUUGUCUUCUUAGUUCAACUUCUUAUGUUGCCAAGAACUGCAAUAAGCAUCUCAACUUUCUUUGUGUGUUUCAUCAUUCUGUCCAUCAUUACCUAUGUUUCUCUUGCACCAAGCUUCAAGAAGAAAUACCCAUCUGUUCUUAUCAAUUUGGCAACGUUUGUAGAGCGCACACCAUGGGCAAGGAUUACAUGUGCUACCUUUAUUAUCACCCUAGUUUCUGCUACUGAUAUUACAGAUGUUUUGACAUGCGUUGAUGAGUCAACUGAAAACAUCACUGAUCUGAACCCUACAGAUAGACGUUGUCUCAAUCCACACUACUUCAAUUACAUGCUUCUACUUGUCAUGGCUGUAAUAACUACCAUGUUCCAGAUCACUCAUAUUGUCAAGUUUCUUCUAACCAUCCUCAUCACAACAUUCUAUUGCAUCCUAAUGAACGUCAUCAAACCAGAUCUCUAUAAUCGUAUUGAUAUUUUCCUGGUGAAUACCGUGUCAGACAGCAACCACAAUGAAGUACCAAGUCGGAUAGCAAACACUGUCCAGCUGGUAGUAGUUGCAGCUGCUUUGAUAUAUUUCAAUUCUCAUCUUGAGGUGACAUCAAGACUUUUGUUUUACUGGAAGACUGAAGCAAAAGAACAGAAAGAGGAGGUGGGAAGGAUGAGAGUUAAGAAUGAAAAUCUGGUCCUUAACAUCAUGCCUGAACAUGUGGCAAAACAUUUCUUAGGCAGUAAGAAAAGUGAUGAGGAGCUGUAUGCUCAGAGCUAUACUGAGUCUGGUGUAAUGUUUGCAUCCAUGCCAAACUUUUCCGACUUCUACUCUGAAGAUGCAAUCAACAACCAAGGCACCGAAUGUCUGCGAUUCCUCAAUGAAAUCAUUAGUGAUUUUGAUGAUCUUCUUAAUGAACCACGGUUUAAGUCUAUUCUUAAGAUCAAGACAAUCAACAGUACUUACAUGGCUGCAUCUGGAAUGUUUCCUAACCCAGAGGAGAUUCAUUACCGAGAUGAUAUGGAGAGAUGGCAACAUCUUGCUGAUUUAGUAGAUCUGGCCUUCUCAAUGAGGAAUACAUUGGACACCAUUAAUGCACAGAGUUUCAAUAAUUUCAUGCUCAAAAUAGGUAUAAACCAUGGUCCUAUCUUGGCAGGAGUAAUUGGAGCUACCAAACCCCACUAUGAUAUCUGGGGUAACACUGUCAAUGUAGCCAGUCGAAUGGAGAGUACUGGCCAACCAGGAAAGAUACAGGUUGUGGAAUCUUGCAUGAACAUCCUCAAGAGAUACGGCUUCAAAUUUGAAAAGCGUGGAUUGGUAAAGGUCAAAGGUAAAGGUGAAUUAAUGACAUAUUACUUGACAGGGAAAGAAGAAAUGGCUAGGAAUGAUAUGGACAAUUCUAUUCCAAACAUGGUCGUUGUUUCUUAGAAAAAACAGCUAGGAAUGAUGUGGACAAUUCUAUUCCAAGCAUGGUAGUCAUCUCUUGGAAGAAACAGCUAGGGAUGAUAUGGACAAUUCUAUUUCAAACAUGGUCGUCGUUUCUUAGAAAAAGCAGCUAGGAAUGAAAUGGACAAUUCUAUUUCAAGCACGGUAGUCAUCUCUUGGAAGAAACAGCUAGGGAUGAUAUGGACAAUUCUAUUUCAAACAUGGUAGUUGGCUCUUAGAAAAAGCAGCUAGGAAUGAAAUGGACAAUUCUAUUCCAAGCACGGUAGUCAUCUCUUUGAAGAAACAGCUAGGGAUGAUGUGGACGAUUCUAUUCUAAACAUGGUUGUCGUCUCUUAGAAAAAGCAGCUAGGAAUGAAAUGGACAAUUCUAUUCCAAGCACGGUAGUCAUCUCUUUGAAGAAACAGCUAGGGAUGAUGUGGACGAUUCUAUUCUAAACAUGGUUGUCGUCUCUUAGAAAAAGCAGCUAGGAAUGAAAUGGACAAUUCUAUUCCAAGCAUGGUAGUCAUCUCUUGGAAGAAACAGCUAGGGAUGAUAUGGAGAAUUCUAUUCCAAACAUGGUUGUUGGCUCUUAAAAGAAACAGCUAGGGAUGAUAUGGACAAUUGUAUUUUUUUUAAUGGUUGUCAGUUCUUAGAAGAAACAGCUGGGCAUGGUAUGGAGAAUUCUAUUCUAAAGACAGGAGAAGAAGGAGCUAGGAAUGGUAUUGACAAAUUUCCACCUUUCAAGUGCUUAAUGAAGAUCAAUGAACAAACUGAUUCAUUCUAUUUCAUUAAGAGGCAUAUUGUAUAGUUAAAAGUAUGUUGAUAAGAGCCUUAUUAAAAGUCAGACAGUACAUCAUGGUAAAUGCUACCUAACUUGUAAAUGUGAAAAAUUGCUGUACAAUGUUAAUAGAAACUAUAUAUUUAUUACAAGUGAAUAUUCCAGUAUGAUAUAUUUAUAAACAUUCCAUGUUUUCUUAUGUAAACCCUCAGAGAAUAAACAUUGCACAUAAAUUUGAUUUAGUUGUUUUGUUUUAACGUUGUUGCAUGGUGGAUCCUUGUUUUUCUGUCAGUAAAAAAAUAAGUGUUCAUGAAAAUAUAAACAUUUGUGUGUGCCUGUAUAUCUUUAAAAGAAACAAUAAUCAAUUGUUAUAAUAUUAUAUAUUGUUGUUCAAACUAUUUCAUUCUUCCCAAUUUUUUUUUCCAGUGUAAUUAGGUUUGAAUAGAAGGAUUGGAAUACACUGCUGUUGAAGAGAGUAUAUAUUUCCUUGCUUUUGUUUUCUCUUCCUAAUAAAUGAGUGUGGCUACAUUAUGUCUUUCAGUAGUUAUAUAUGGCAG